AUGGCCUGUUUCCAGGUGACGCUGUUUCUCUUUGCUUUGCUGCUGCAAUCGUUGCCCACAGAAGGAAAGAAUCCAGAGUUUGCUUCUUUGAUAACCACCCAAAAAGAGAUCCAAAGAGAGAUUGUAAAUAAACACAAUGAACUGAGGAGAGCAGUUAGUCCUUCUGCCAGUAACAUGCUGAAAAUGGAAUGGAGCAUAGAAGCAACAACAAAUGCUCAAAAGUGGGCUAAUAAUUGUGUUUUAGAGCAUAGUAAUGCAGAAGAGCGGAAAAUCAAUAUAAGAUGUGGUGAGAAUCUCUAUAUGUCAAGUGACCCGACUUCCUGGCCAACUGUAAUUCAAAACUGGUAUGACGAAAAUCAAGAUUUUACUUAUGGUGUAGGAGCUAAACCCAAUGCAGCUGUUGGACACUACACUCAGAUUGUUUGGUAUUCAUCUUUCAAAGUUGGAUGUGGAGUUGCUUACUGUCCCAACCAAGAUACCCUAAAAUACUUCUAUGUUUGCCAAUACUGUCCUGCGGGUAACAAUGUGAUGAAAAAGACCACCCCUUACCAGCAAGGGGAACCUUGUGCUAGUUGUCCCAAUAACUGUGAAAAUGGACUAUGCACCAAUGGCUGUAAUUUUGAAGAUUUACUCAGUAACUGUGAAUCCUUGAAGAAUUCAGCAGGCUGUGAACAUAACCUGCUUAAGGAAAAGUGCCAGGCUACUUGCCUGUGUGAAGGCAAAAUUCACUAA